AUGAAUAAUGGAUACCUUUUCAUCCUGCUGGCAAUAUUGACAAGGUGGGGCAGCAACCUCCAUUUUGGUUGUACUCCUCAGAAUGAGCACGACAAAACGGAGAGCGCGGUAAGCUCAAGUGGGAUUUUAAAAAACGUCGUCAAGCAUGCCCCCAAAGUGAGUUCCAAAGAAAUUAACGAUAGCGAAAUACGGAUAGCCAAAAUGGCACACGAAGAGGAAAACAAAAGAUUGCAAAAAAUGGGCAAGUGUGCAAAAGAUUAUACAUUACCUUGCCCAAAAUUUUGGAAAAAAAAAAUUAUGAACAAGUCAGAAAAUAUUUGUAUAGCUAGCUCAACGUACAACGGAUUUUGCAACACCCGUCAAUCCUUCGACAAUUUUACACAAACGGAAAAGAUGAAAUUUGAAACUAGUUGUAAUGUAGAAUGGGGGUGCAAAAAUGUCGUAGCGGAUGCAUGCGAAAGUGGGAAAAGAAAUUAUAACGAACCAUGUCCUGAGGGUUUCAUCUCCCAAAAUGACAAUACUUGCGCAGCUGACCUGACUGUGUAUGAUGGCCUCUGCAAUGGAGAAAAAAUAGACUUUACCCAUCUCACCAGUGAGGAAAAACAAAAUUGGAGUGUUGCCUGCGAAGCAUAUUGGCCUUGUUACGUCGAUUGCUCACUGAACAACCAAGCACUCUCCAUGUGUCCUUCGAACUGGAAGCAAAUAAAUUCAUACGAAUGUAUCCCACCUCAUAGUUACAAUGGGCCAUGCAAAGACACCAAAAACUUUAAAUUUUUUAAUGAACUGAUGAAAAUAAAAUUUGAGGAGAAAUGCAAAGUUACUUUUGUGUGCACAGAUUUGUGUGAAAAAAAUUAUCGGCAAGAGUGCCCCUUAAAUUGGAUGAAGAAAAAUGGUUACUGUUUAGCUCCGCCGUCUUUCAACUUGUGCGACAGGAAAAAAUAUUUUUAUAGUAACUUAACGCAGGAUGAGAAGAAGAAGUUCGAGGAGGAAUGCUCAGUUCAGUGGCCUUGUCGAAAGAGCCCCUUUUGUGACAUGGACUGGACCGCUGAGUGUCCCCUUAACUGGGCGAAGGAGGCACCCCGGAAAGGCGGAGACCAGGAGCAGGGCGACAAAUACAAUUGCACUCCCGAUUCAUCCCUGUACAACGGGAAGUGUGCGUUUAUGUCCCUCCCGAACGGCGCUGACGAAGAGACCAAGCGGGAGUUGGCUUCCACGUGCGACACCCCCUGGCCUUGCUCUGCUACAGGCAUUGCUGAAGGCGCUACUGCGGAAGGAGGUCCUCUUCCGCCAUCGGAUGACGAAGGAGUAGAACGACGCGCGCGCGCGGUCACAAAUGGCCCCGUCACUCUUCAAGGCGGCGUGCACACCAGCACGGGGCCCGCCUAUCGCGUGGUCGACAGCCAGGAGGACUUGCCCCUCGCGGACAUCAUGCGUUGA